UGAUCACAUCUGUUUCCAAGCUAAUAAUCAUGAAAGCCUCCUCUUUGUUAGCUCCUUUUGCAAGAAGGUUGGAAGGUAAGGUGGCUAUAAUCACCGGCGGUGCCAGAGGCCUUGGCGAGACUGCAGCCCGUCAUUUUCUCAGGCACGGUGCCAAAGUGGUGAUUGCAGACAUCCAAGACGAACUAGCUCAUUCCCUCUGCAAAGACAUUGACGACAAAAGCUCCCUUUCCUAUAUUCACUGUGACAUUACUAAAGAUUCCGAUGUUGAAGCCCUGGUCGGCAUCACCUUAGCCAAACACGGAAAAUUGGACAUAUUGCACGCCAGUGCAGGCAUUUCCACAUCCAGCAGAUCUGAAUCCAAAAUUUUACUAGCAAACAACGAAAUAUUCAGAAAUCUGAUGGAUGUGAACGUGUAUGGUACAUUUCUAUCUUGCAAACAUGCUGCUAGGGCUAUGAUCCCCGCAAAAAGUGGUAGCAUAAUUCUGAUGUCCAGUGCAGCUUCAGUGUCAAGUGGCCCCAUUUCUCACGGUUACCUGGCCUCCAAGCACGCGAUAGUGGGACUGACUAAGAACUUAGGAGUGGAGUUGGGGAAGUCUGGGAUAAGAGUUAACUGUCUUUCACCUUUCAUAUUUGAUACAGAAUUGUCUAGGAAGGAAUUUGGAUUGGAUGAUGAGGAGGCCGUGAAGCGCUUUGUCUCAGAUUUCUCAAACUUGAAAGGGGUGAUUUUGGACGCAGAGGACGUGGCAGCAGCCGCCGUGUAUCUAGGGAGUGAUGAAGCGAAGUAUGUGAGUGGAUUGAACCUUGUGAUUGAUGGAGGGUACAGUACUACUAAUGAAGCUAUCACGCAGGCUAUAAUGAGGAAGAACUCUUAUAAACUAUCAAGAAUCGAGACUCAUUACACCUUACUAGGAGUUUGUUUAAGAGUUUUGCAGUUGGUGUUUUAUGUGUGCUUCUGCUUUUUCAAGGUGUAACAAGUGUCAAGUGCUUUAAGACUUUCAAAUACCUGGUUCUUUCACUCUUUUGUUUAAGA